AUGGAUAUGAAUGAGGAAGAUGAGGCUAAGACAUGCGUCUUCUGGGACAUGGAGGAUUGUCCGAUCCCUGAAGGUCUCAAUCCUCAUUCGGUUUAUCGGAAUAUCAGAGCAGCUCUUGCAAACAAAGGUUAUCGUGGAGAGGUGACAAUCACUGCUUAUGGUGACAAGAAUCAGAUCCCUGGUUACUUUGAAUCCGCCGGAAUCAGUCUCAUACCCGCAGGAGAUAAAUAUGCGAGGUUUAGAAGAAUGAGAUUGGACUUUUGGAGCCCGACAAUUGAAAAUCGUGAAUGUCCAAUCUCAUUCUUCACAUGUCUUAGCCUCUGCGAGUAUACCUGGUAUCAUUGA